UGGCCUACCCAAUUAUUGAUAAGAUCCCUAAUAUGAUACCAGGGGCAGCUAGGAUGGUGACACACAUCAAAAUAAGAAGCAAGAAGAUUAGGAGCAGCACUAGAUCAUAAUUAAAAACAACAUAUACAACCAGAUUUUCUUAAUACCAUCUACCUUUUAAAAAGUCAGUGUGGCAGGUAAUUAAGUGGAAGAGGAGAAUGUUUCUAUCUCUUCCUACACUGACUGUCCUCAUUCCAUUGAUCACCUUAGCAGGACUGUUCUACUCGGUCUCCAUGGAAGAAAACUUCCCACAGGGCUGCACUAGCACAGCCAGCCUGUGCUUUUACAAUCUGCUCAUGCCCAUGUGGACUUGGAUGGGUAUUAAGCUCUUCAGGCAUAAUUAGUGCACCCAGAGCCAAGAUGGUAUAUAUGUUAAUGAUAAGUCUUGAGUGUCUAGCUCAAUUGCAUGAAAAUACUGGAAAUCCACUUAAUUUUCAGGAAAGAUGCUUUACCUUGUUUCUGUCAGAGGCUGAGGACUACGGGAGGCUUACACUGCAGAAGCUUCUUUUAUUAUACUUUGGUUCUGUCCUUAUUUUUUGAAGGUUCUAAUUUAUAACUGCUGUGUCAGAAGAAACAUUUCGACAGUGUCUUAUUGGAAAUUAACAACGCCACUCAUCAUCUAAUGACUUAUUUCUUAUCCUUUUCAUCUAAAAAUUAAUAAUUUGAAAUUUUAUAUUUGUUUGAGAUUCAAAGUCUUUGAUAAAGUCAAAUAUUCUCCAGAUAACCAAAAUAAAUCCAAAGGAGCUAUGUUGAAGUGUUAUAGAGAAAUGCAUUUGAGCUAGUGUGAUAUAAAACUAUAAUAAAAUUGAAACUUUAUGUACUU